AAAUGAAAAUUUAGAAAAACCUUUGCCAAAUAAAGAAGAUGGGAGCGAAUAGCAGCAGCAUCAGUGAGCUUCCAGAAAAUGAGUACUUACAGAAACUGUCAGGGUCAGAGCCCAUCUCUGAGAAUGACCCGUUCUGGAAUCAGCUUCUGUCUUUUAGCUUCACCACUCCAACAAACAGUGCUGAUUUAAAGCUCUUGGAAGAAGCCACAAUCUCAGUCUGCAAGUCUUUAGUUGAGAAGAAUCCUCGAACAGGAAACCUUGGAUCGUUGAUUAAAGUUUUUCUUUCUAGAACCAAAGAGUUAAAAAUUUCAGCAGAAUGUCAGAACCACCUCUUUAUCUGGCAGGCUCACAAUGCACUGUUCAUUAUUUGCUGUUUGCUGAAAGUAUUCAUCAGUCGAAUGUCAGAAGAGGAGCUGCAACUUCAUUUUACUUACGAAGAGAAAGCAGGACCAAGCUCAUAUGGAACAGAGUGCGAAGACCUUAUAGAGGAGUUGCUGUGCUGCCUCAUCCAGCUCAUUGUUGAAAUUCCCCUCUUGUACCCCUGUCAGCACACAGACAGUAACUGGUGGAAAUGGUUGUGCUCAUGGUACAGGGGAAGGUACAGUGGAGGUGUCACUUCAGCUCUGGGAGAUAUUACAUACAGCAUUUCCUUGGAAGCCGUGACAACUCUCAUUGUGUUCCUCUCCUGCCAAUUAUUCCACAAAGAGAUCCUGCGAGAGAGCAUCAUUCACAGAUACCUGAUGCAUGGUCGAUGUCUCCCAUACACCAGCAGACUUGUGAAAACUUUGCUGUAUAAUUUCAUUAGACAAGAGAGAAGCCCUCCUCCAGGGACCCACGUCUUUCAGCAGCAAACAGAUGGAGGAGGACUGCUCUAUGGAAUUGCAUCUGGGGUGGCAACUGGCCUGUGGACAGUCUUCACGCUGGGUGGGGUGGGCAGCAAAGCAUCGGCACAGCUGGAGCAGUGCUCCCCUCUGGCCAGCCAGAGCCUGCUGCUGCUGCUGGUCCUGGCCAACCUGACUGACACUCCAGACACCCCAAACCCCUACAGACAAGCCAUCAUGUCCUUCAAGAACACACAAGAUAACACUGCUUUUUCGUCAUCAAAUCCACACGCUUUCCAGAUUAACUUUAACAGUUUAUACACAGCUUUAUGUGAUCAGCAGAAAUCUGAUCAAGCCACUCUUCUCCUGUACAUGCUUCUGCAUCAGAACAGCAACGUGCGCACCUACGUGUUGGCACGGACAGACAUAGAGAAUCUGGUUCUGCCAAUUCUUGAAAUCCUGUAUCACGUUGAAGAAAGGAAUUCACACCAUGUUUACAUGGCCCUUAUCAUUUUGCUGAUCCUCACUGAGGAUGAUGGCUUCAACCGAUCCAUUCAUGAAGUGAUACUGAAAAACAUUACUUGGUAUGCUGAGCGUGUCCUAACAGAGAUCUCACUUGGGAGUCUUCUGAUACUGGUUGUGAUAAGAACCAUCCAGUACAACAUGACACGGACAAGGGACAAAUACCUUCACACAAAUUGUCUGGCAGCCCUAGCAAAUAUGUCGGCACAGUUCCGCUCGCUUCAUCAGUAUGCUGCUCAGAGGAUCAUCAGUUAUACCUGCCGCCACUUGCGGAGAUAUGUGUAUGUCUUGGACAAACUGUAUUUCCCCCACUCCCACUGCUCUACGCUGCAGCAUUGCUUCUCGACCCUCAGUGACAAUGGAGAGGAACUCUUGUCUUUAACUUGUUCUCACAUUCUCAGAUCCUAUGCUUCCAGUCUAUUUUCUCUGUUGUCUAAAAAACACAACAAAGUGCUGGAGCAAGCCACGCAGUCCUUGAGAGGUUCCUUGGGUUCAAACGACUCUCCACUUCCUGAUUAUCACUUUUGGGAGAUGUCUGAUUGCCUUCACUUCUCUGAAACAAAGUUGAGACACGCACAAGACCUGAAUGUGAUUGAGGAAGUGAUCCGGAUGAUGCUGGAGAUCAUCAACUCCUGCCUGACCAACUCCCUCCAUCACAACCCCAACCUGGUGUACGCUCUGCUCUACAAGCGCGAUCUGUUCGAGCAGUUUCGGACUCACCCCUCCUUCCAGGACAUCAUGCAAAAUAUAGACCUGGUGAUCAGCUUCUUCAGCUCCCGAUUAGAGCAAGCUGGAGCUGAGCUGUCAGUGGAGCGAGUUCUGGAAAUCAUCAAGCAAGGAGCUGUUGCUUUGCCCAAAGACAGGCUAAGAAAGUUCCCCGAGCUGAAGUUUAAGUACGUGGAGGAGGAGCAGCCUGAGGAGUUCUUCAUCCCCUACGUGUGGUCCCUGGUGUACAACUCUGCCGUGGCCCUGUACUGGAACCCCCGUGACAUCCAGCUCUUCACCAUGGACUCGGGCUGAGGGACACCGGGCCAGGCCAGCCCCGCUCCAUCCUUCAGGAAUUGAACCUCUGCACCCCUUCCAACCUGACCCCUCCAACUGCCCCCGUGACCCCAGAGCCCGUGUCCAGCCCGGCCUCACGCUGGGACAGUGCUGUGGGGCACUGAUGGCUUGUAGGCAACCUUGUGUUUAUAGUCCGUAACCUAGAGCUUGUUUGAUGAAAAUGAGGCCUUACACAUGGGGUAUGAUGUUACUACCAACCACAAACCUGAUCGUCCUUUUAACUUAACAGGCUAAAUGAGAUUGCAGGCUUUGAUUUGGAAGCAGUGUUUGUAUUUUUGGCUCUUUGGAGCGGGCAGCUUCCUUGGGUCAAGCUUUUUAUGGUCUCUUGGAUGCUGCCGUGGGGUGCUCGUUACCUAAUCCUUGUUUCCACUCACAGCCCUUCGUUUCUGUGGCACUGUCAAGGCUGCAGCCCUUAAAUUGCUGUCUACGCUGUCAUCCGAGGGAACUAAGCAAGCAGCAUCUUAAUCAGGUUAGCUCCCAGGCAGAUUCAAAACACUUGAUUUAGAUGUUUGUGGGAGGAUUUUCAAUAGCAAGUCUUCUGUUGUUGUUGUUGUUUGACUGACAAAUACUCUCCAGAGGGCAAGAAACACCUGCUUUUGGAGUCAAGUCCCUUACAGACUUGUUUUUCUGUGCUCCUGUGCAAAAUUGUUCCUGGAAAUUGAACGUGUAAGGGAAGAGGGGAAAAAAAUCCAAAGAAAAUAAUUACAAGAUUGUAAAAUAGACCAGUGUCCUGUAAAUCUGUGCUUAAUGGUGACAGUGUGUUUUGGGGAUCCUUGACGAAGCUCUGUGUUGAAAACCUCCUCUUGGCUUUUAAAGUUUUAUGGCAGAAGUAUAAAUUUAUCUGAAUGUAGAAUACUACUCUCUUUUUUUGGUUGUUUUCAAGUGCCCUUUCCUGAUAUACCUGUUUCAGCAGUGGGAAAAGCAAAAGAAGUGGUGUGAUUUUGAAAGAAAUCUCAUUUUUCAAAGUGGGGAUCGUAUUUUGGGGAUGCCUGUUGCACACACAUGCACCCACUCUCCUCGUCCCACGUGCUGCUGUGUGGGGGACUGUCAGCAGUGCAUUGCAUGCCAAAACUUCAAUUUCAAGGAAUUAGUUCUUGAAGAUGCGUGGCAACCCUCUGUAUUCACUGCCUGCUCCAGCAUGUUCUGUUUGUUGACCUGAGGAAUCGGGUGCGUUUGCUUUCAGAAAGUCCUUGGAAUGGCUUUAAAUAGAAUUUCUUGCACCGUUUCAUCCCUCUGAAGGAUGUGCUAAGAUUGUACUUUCCUUUUAUCUGCUUAUUUAGAGACAGAAGUCCAUUUGAGUCCUACACAAAUGGAAAUGCUGGCUUAUUAAAAAAAAAAAAAAAAAAGAAGAAAAAAAUGCUUCCCAAAUUUAUUUAAAUAUAGUUGCAAAGGGAUAUGUAGAGCCCAUGAGCAUUUAGGGCUUUGAAAUGGCAAAGCUUUUGAGAAAAGACGAUGGUAAGACUGGAGAUGCAGUGUUUUCUUAGGCAAAUAGGAGAAAUUAAUGAACCAUGACUGAGCUGCACAUAAGUUGAUCUGUAUUUUGGAUUUAUUCUGUUUUGUUUUGGUCUUUGAGCAAACGUCAAAAGGGGAUAACUAUUCUUGGUUACUGUAGUGAUUUGUAAUUUUGUCUUUAUUAAAAGACUAAGAGUGUUUGUGAGUCAACAGGGCUGCCCAGAUUUGGAAAGGUCAGUCUGAAGAUGCACUUUUAAACCGCGGGCUCUAAAGCUGCUGGGCUGGCUCGAUGUUCAUCUGUUUUAAACACUCCGGGGUGAGCAGCACCAGAGAGGCCCUGCCAGGGCAGACACUGCUCAGCCAGGUGUCAGACUGCAGAAAACCUGAUUUCUCUGUGAAAAGGCUUUUUGCAAGAGAGGAGGAGCAGAUGAAGCAGCAGUCUGAUGGAAAAGGUCCAGCAGCUGCUGAACCAUCGUCGGUGUCGCACAGAAAAUUCUCUCUCGCUGUCCUCCCGUUGUGGUGACGCUGAGCUGUGCAGAGGGUUUGUUCUGGUGGCGUCAUUUCCUUGUGUGUUUCGUGAAAUACCCUGCUCCUGGGUCCCAGCUGGUUUGGAACAGCUGGAGUUACCACCUAAAGCCAAAACAGCAGAGCCAGACCAAGAUUUGGGCAGAAAAUCAUUCUGGUCCCAUUGGCUCUCCCAAGAGCUGGAGUGUGACGUGGGCCUGGCAGUGUCCUGACAUCUGCAGCCUGGUAUGGUCACAAAUACUCUGUUUUUCCUUCACCUUAGGGAUCCUUUUCAUUACUUUGUGUGAAAGAUUUAUUAUGCGUAAUUACAAAAAUAAAAAAAGAUGAAACAGUAAA